AUGUGCUACGGAAUCCUCUACGGUGUCUCUGAGGCCACGCUGAAGAAGUAUCGCGGUUGGGCCAACGAGUACAAGCGGUUCAUGGCUCACGAGCUGCCUAAACUGGACGCGGGUAGGUUUGGUGAUGAGGCCGCGUUGAGAAACGCGAACCCCGACGAGAUAGGGGCUGCGCUCGAACAGAUAAUGGGUGGUGACUGGAAGAUGGCGGAAGGCGACGAGCUGUGGUUCCACGGCCCUGAGACGAAUCCGUGGCGCUUACGCAAAUACGUGACCUUCCUCGCGAACGAGACAGUCGCGCAGGCGGACAGGAUGGCCACACUCAAGCGGCCAGAGAAGACAUUGAAGAAGAGACGCCAGUGCACCCCGGCAAUGCUGAUGGGGCGUCUCAAGGCUUUGAACCUGCUCAUCAAGCUGGACGGGGCCAUCUUCAGGAAGCCCGUUCUGAACCUGCUGCGCGACUUUGCGGAGUGUCGCAUCUGGGUCCGCGUUCAAGGCAAGACAAACAAGGACUUCUCGCUCAACUACAUAUCUGCUGUGAGGCACAUAGAUUGGACGCUGUGCGCGGUCGGAGCCACGCUGUUGUGGCUGCGCUGGGUGUACGACUUGGUUCCCAUCCUCUACAAGGACAUAGCCCCCCCUCUCGACUUCACGGAACCCUCGACGUGGUACGAUCAAUACCUGUUUUUCCCCCUUCGCGCGGGCAACGAGAAGAAAAUACCGCCCACGACUCAUCAUGACUGGGCGGCGAAGAUUCUCCAGGACGCGGGAAUCACAUGCUCGCGUGCGGUACACGCGACCAGGGCUGGGGGGGCGCAGCACGCGUCCCUGGACGGAAUGCCUUCGGAUCAGCUGGCGAGGCUGGGGGGUCGGCGCUUCAUCGACGUGAUGACUAAGCACUACCUCACAACCAUUCCGAGGGAGGCCGUGCUGCUGAAGGCGGGCUUCACCGGGGUUGACGGUGACAACUUCCUGGGUCGCACAACUGUUCCAGUCAGGGAUAAGCUGGAUGAGCUACCGAGGAAGCACAUUUUCCCAUGGGCCGCCGCGGACAAAGGAGAGCAACAGUGCAAGGAUUACAACCGCAGGAUGGUGAAAAAGCAGAAGCCGGAGAAGCAGGACACCGCGGGGCUAAACAUACUGAAGGAGCUGGAUGGGGACGCUAGGAUGGCGGUCGCGCAAGACCUGGCGAUGUAUUACAUCCACCAGCCGCGACACCCGUACGUGGUCAACAACCCGCUCUGCCAGACAAAGGAAUUUGCGUCGUGGGCUGCAAAUGUCUCAUUGGCAAAUCAACUCGCCAUAGUACAGCGCAACACUCCUACACUGACCCAGCCCGCACUCGACCUCAUGUCAGGAGCUGUGGGCAUGUCCGGUGUAUCGGAAGGGAUCGCGGUAAAGAAGAAGAGUGUUGACCUGGAACUGAGCCAGCUCAAGAAGGGUUCUCCGGUGGAGGUGCAGUUGCGUGUGAAAUGGAUGCUUGUUCGCGACCGUCUCAUCAAUGCCUCUCUUCCCGCGUCUGAGUUCACGGUCGCGUGGCCCCAGUACUGUGCGCUGAUGCCAGACUUGCAGUAA